UCCUCUUCUUUCUUCUGGACAAGAUACAGAAAAAAAAAAACACAAAAAGACAAUGAAAGGAAGAGUCAUAGCUCUUACAAACCUAAACGACCUCGAACUACACAACUUCUUGGUCGAUCCAAACUUCGAUCAGUUCAUAAAUCUCAUAAGAGGAGAUGACCAAACCAUCGAAAACCCACCUCUCGAUUUCGAUCUUGGUGGUCCUUUACACAACAGCCCAUGUUUCAUCGACGAGAACCAGUUUAUCCAAACACCUGUCGACGACCUGUUCGACGAGUUGCCUGAUAUAGACUCCAAUGUGGCCGAAUCGUUCCGUAGCUUCGAGGGUGAGAGUGUUGUAAGAGCAAGCGGCGAAGACGAUUACAACGACGGCGAUGAUUCUUCUGCCACCACGACGAAUAAUGAUGGAAACCGUAAGAAGAAGACGGAUCGAUCGAGAACUUUGAUCUCCGAGAGAAAAAGGAGAGGUCGGAUGAAGGAUAAGCUCUACGCGUUGAGAUCUCUUGUUCCAAACAUUACUAAGAUGGAUAAAGCAUCAAUUGUGGGAGAUGCAGUGGCGUACGUUCAAGAACUGCAGUCACAAGCCAAGAAACUCAAAGCUGAUAUUGCUGGCCUUGAAGCUUCUUUAACUUCCACUGGAGGGUACCAAGAACCUGCACCAGUUGCUCAGAAAAGUCACACUUUCCGUUGUAUUAAUCCACCGGUUUCCAAGAAAAUCAUUCAGAUGGAUGUUAUUCAAGUAGAGGAGAAAGAGUUUUAUGUGAGAUUGGUGUGUAAUAAAGGACAAGGCGUUGCUGCAUCACUCUACAAGUCUUUGGAGUCUCUUACAAGUUUCCAAGUGCAAAACUCCAACCUAAGCUCCCCUUCUCCUGAGACAUACAUCUUAACAUAUACAUUAGAUGGGACAUGUUUCGAACAGAGCUUAAACUUGCCUAACCUGAAGCUGUGGAUCACUGGAUCACUUCUAAACCAAGGUUUUGAAUUCAUCAAGCCAUUCAAUUGAUUCUGUAACGCUGUGUUCCAGUCUGAUUAAAAUCCGGUUAUGCAUCUCGUUGAUUGUCUUCCCUUCUGUAUGUUUCAUAACUUUCCAGCGAUCUAAUUUUUAUUCGGAA